AUGUGUCGUGUAGUUCCGCUUCAAAGCAUUGUUAAUGAUGAAUCUUCAGAAGAUUCAUUCGACGAUGAUGAUGAUUAUGAUAAUAAUAUAACUAAUCUUGAUCAACAGUUGCAUUUAACAACACCUGCUUAUAAUCCUGAAGAUUUAAUCAUCGCUGCAGCCUUUUUCAAAAAACUAAUAUGGAGAGGAAUAGCAAGUGUCUUUUUUGGUUCAUUGAUAGGUAAUCUUUACCAUUUCAUAAAAGGAAAAAAUUAA